AUGGCUUUCGACGAUUUGAUUAACAAGGCUAAGUCUUUGGCUGCCGGUUCCGACGGUAAGCUUGACUCCAGUGACUACAAGGCUUAUGCUGCUGAUGCUCAAGAUGCCUACACCGAAUUCAACAAGAAGGACGGUACUUUCGCUGACCACGCCAAGAGUGCUUACUCUGAAAUUCAAACCAACCACAAGGCUGGCGGUUCUUCAACUACUGAAGCUCCAAAGAAGGAAGAAUCCAAAUAG